GUAUCCAACGCAGUGUAUAUAUCACUCUGAUAAGUUGCCGGCGGUCAGCGAUCUGAGUAAUUACACUUGACAUUCGGGAAAGCUCCCACGCUAAGCCCCGCAAAGCUUUAGAGAGUUUGCCAUGACGCGCCCAAACGAAGCUUCCAGGCGAAAUCAAUAAUUCCACGAUCCUCAAUCCCAUAGCGAUCCGCCACUACCAUUACCCUUCGAACAACAACGCGGCAUCCUAUUCUCUCUUGCACAAUAUCUCUUCGCUUGUUCGCGUGUAUAAAGAGAGAAUAAAGCACGUGUCUUUAAGAUGUCUUCGACCGCAAUGAUCAACGGUGACGACGACCUCAUGGAGCCUACCCUCCAGUCGAUCCUGGACCAAAAGACAUUACGAUGGAUCUUUGUCGGCGGCAAAGGAGGUGUUGGCAAGACGACUACGUCCUGUGCUUUGGCUAUUCAGCUUGCCAAAGCCCGCAAGUCUGUCUUGCUCAUCUCGACGGACCCGGCGCACAAUCUGAGCGAUGCCUUCAACCAAAAGUUUGGGAAAGAUGCGCGACUCAUCGAAGGCUUCACCAACCUCAGCGCCAUGGAGAUCGACCCGAACGGAAGCAUUCAGGACGUCCUCGCUGCCGGAGGCGAAGGCGUCGAUGAAGCCAUGGCCGGAAUGGGCGGCAUGGGAAACAUGAUGCAGGAUCUAGCUUUUAGCAUUCCUGGUGUCGAUGAAGCCAUGUCGUUUGCAGAAGUCCUCAAACAAGUCAAGUCCAUGUCCUACGAAGUCAUCAUUUUCGAUACUGCUCCCACGGGCCACACCCUGCGCUUCCUCCAGUUCCCUACUGUUCUCGAAAAGGCACUUGCCAAGCUCUCCCAGCUUUCCCAGCAAUUCGGUCCCAUGCUCAACUCCAUCAUUGGCGCUCGCGGCGGACUUCCUAACGGUCAGAAUCUCGACGAGAUGCUGUCAAAGAUGGAAUCUCUGCGCGAAACCAUUAGUGAAGUCAACACCCAAUUCAAAGACGCAGACCUGACCACUUUUGUCUGCAUCUGUAUACCCGAGUUUUUGAGCUUGUACGAGACGGAGCGCAUGAUUCAGGAGCUCUCGAAUUACGAGAUCGAUACCCACUCCAUUGUCGUCAAUCAGCUGUUGUUCCCCAAGGCAGGAUCAGAUUGCCAGCAGUGCAAUGCAAGAAGAAAGAUGCAGAAGAAAUAUCUCGACCAGAUUGAAGAGCUAUAUGAGGAUUUUAAUGUCGUUAGAAUGCCCCUGCUAGUGGAGGAAGUGCGAGGAAAGGAGAAAUUAGAAAAGUUCAGUGAAAUGCUCGUCCAAACGUACCAGCCUCCGCAGUAAGAACAUAGAGUGUCUUUUUCUGUAGCAAUAUAUCAAACAGCUAGUUCAGUUUAACUUAAUCUAUUCAAGACUUCUUAUAUGAAGAU